AUGUCAAACUACUACUCCUCGCAACAACCUCAAUACCCCCAAGGCGGCGCUCCAACCGCUGCUCAAAACCUCCAGUUCUUUCCCUCCCAGUACACCACCACUUCAGGCACACCACAGCAGGGUGGUGCUGGUGGCUACGGAUAUGGUGCCAACACAGGCGGUUAUGGCGUAGGCGCGCCUGCGCAAAACUUUGCGAAUCCCGCGUCUUUUGGUGCGCAGGCUGGUGUCAGUGGAAGGAUGGGUGAGCAGGGUGGUUUAAGAACGGGUUGGGUAGCUGCUUUUUCGUCAGAGGGGUAUGAUGGUGAACCGCCUUUGCUGGAGGAGUUGGGCGUUAACUUUGGACAUAUUCAAGCAAAGACGCUUGCUGUGCUGAACCCCUUUCGACGAAUCGAUGCGCAUAUCAUGGACGAUUCCGACCUCGCAGGACCGCUCAUCUUUUUCCUCCUCUUCGGCUUCAUCCUGCUCUUCUCAGGACAAGUCCACUUCGGCUACAUCUACGGCCUCGCAGCUCUAGGGUCUAUUUCUCUACACCUCAUCCUCUCCCUCAUGUCGCCCUCCGAAGUCGACGAAGGCGCACAAGCAGUCAACAAUUUCCCCCAAUACAGCAGCGACCCAUCUGCUCCCCCGCAACCGCAAGGCCAACACGGUGGCCACUUCUCCUCGACCUUGACAUACCCCCGAAGCGCUAGCGUGUUGGGAUACUGCCUUCUACCUCUUGUAGCGACGAGCUUGUUCGGCAUCGUUAUGCGCAUGGACACACCCAUCGGAAUCGUCGCUACCACUGCUGCUAUUCUCUGGUGUACUUAUAGCGCUAGCGGUAUGUUUUGCGCGGUUGGACAGAUGAAGCGCAUGCGAGGACUCGUCGCUUAUCCUCUUGCUCUGUUCUACGUUGGAUUCGGUAUCAUGGGUAUUUUCAGCAGUCGAGGAAGCGGAUCUUUUUCCAACGCUGCUGCUAAGCUUAAUGCUUGA